AUGGAAUCGUCCUGCUCGACACCAGGGUCGAGCCGAUCACGUUCAGCGGCAGGGUUACGCCUGCCACUUCACUUACAACAACCGUCGUCGAGUAACUCAGGUCCAGCCGUUGUUAGCCCUUCUGUGCACAGCAUUCGACCUGGCCAAACGUACGUCACCGUUCAGACGCUCACCAAGGAGAAUUUGGUCAUCGUUGUGAAUCAAAAAACGAAGGUUCACGAUGUACUGUGGAAAUGCGGGGAGAUUCUGGAAAUCACCGAGGACAAGCUGUUUGGGCUUGCUCUGCGCCAACCCACUGAGGGGAUAGGUGGAGACCAACCAAGACACGAAUAUUUUUUCCUGGACCCCGCGCAGAAGAUCGUUAAGUACGCUCCGAAGCAACCACGAUUCUCGCAAUGGAUGCCCUCACAUAGUCGUCCGAGCUCCAAGCCCAAGUGA